CCAGUAAAGUGCUGCUUGUUGCCGGGGGGCAGGUCGGAGUCGCUUCACACAUGCAACAGGCUGCUGAGGAGUUCGCAGCGCUUUGUGCGUGGGUCUGAGAGCUGUGACGCAGGGAGUCCAAUAUUUUGGGGUAGCGCUUUGUUUACUGACAGCUCUUCGGAUCUAGAGCCUCACCGGACUGGCAGCUUCUCUCUGACAGGGAGACACCCCCCCCCCCGCCAGCGGAUGAAGUGACUGAAACUUUCUAUUUGUUGCUGUGCUGCCCCUGACUGUACCACUCUCCCCGAGGGGGGGUGCCCACCUGUAACACUUCUCCCGGUGGGUAGCCCCCUUACUGCCCCGGUGAGUGGGAGCCAGCCAUGGCUGAAGCGCCUCUGCCCCCGCCACCUGGGGUGGAGGUAGACCCGGAUUUCGAGCCCUUUUCUCGGCCCAGGUCGUGCACCUGGCCCUUGCCACGGCCGGAGUUCAACCCCAGCAGUUCGGCCAAUUCGUCCCCGGCACCUUCCCUGCAACCGGAGCCGGCAGCCGGCAAUGUGGACUUUCUGAGCAACCUGAGCCUGCUGGAGGAAAGCGAGGACUUUGACCCGGCAGAGGCGCUUGGAGUAUGCGGGGAUUUCCCGUGUCAGGAUAUCCGACAGCUUCAGCCCCCUGUGCCCCAGCAGCACCCCCAGCAGCAGGCCGGCACUCUCUGUGCCCCCUCCGUGCCCUCCGCUCUGUCCCCGGCCUCCUCCCCGUCCCCCCUGGGAGCCCAACAGCCCCGCAAGAGCAGCUCCUCUCGGCGCAACGCCUGGGGCAACCUGUCCUACGCCGACCUCAUCAGCCAGGCGAUAGAGAGCUCCCCGGAGAAGCGGCUCACCCUGUCCCAGAUCUAUGACUGGAUGGUCAAGAGUGUGCCCUACUUCAAGGAUAAGGGCGACAGCAACAGCUCCGCCGGCUGGAAGAAUUCCAUUCGCCAUAAUCUAUCCCUGCACAGUAAAUUUGUGAGAGUACAAAAUGAAGGAACUGGUAAAAGCUCUUGGUGGAUCCUCAACCCUGAAGGAGGGAAAAAUGGUAAAUCCCCUAGAAGAAGAGCCGCUUCUAUGGACAACAACAGCAAAUUUGCCAAAAGCAGGGGAAGAGCUGCCAAGAAAAAGGCAACAAUGCAGUCUAGCCAAGAUGGAAGUAGUGAUAGCCCUGGAUCACAAUUUUCUAAAUGGCCUGGAAGCCCUAGCUCACAGAGCAAUGAUGACUUUGAAGCAUGGAGCACAUUUCGACCUAGAACAAGUUCCAAUGCAAGCACAAUCAGUGGGAGACUCUCUCCGAUUAUGCCAGAACAGGAUGAUCUUGGAGAUGCUGAUGUACAUAAUCUGGUGUAUCCUCCAUCAGCAACCAAGCUGACUUCUACUUUGCCAAGCCUCUCAGAAAUGGGAAAUUCAGAAAAUAUGGAGAACCUUUUGGACAACCUAAACCUUCUCUCACCAAACACGUCAACACAGUCCUCUCCUGCUUCAAUGAUGCAGCAAAGUGGUUAUUUAUUUACAUCACCAAACACAAGUCUGGGUUCCCCCAACUCUGAAUACAGGAAAUAUAGUUAUGCUCAAACAGGCAUGAACCCGGUUUCACAGAUGCCUAUGCAAACGGUUCCAGAGAAUAAGUCAGGCUACAGAGCUGUUGGCCAAUAUCCUGUUCCUGCUGGACUUCUUAAGGAACUUCUCACAUCAGAUUCACCCCCACAUAAUGAUAUUUUAACGCCAGUAGAUUCCGCUGUUUCACAAGCCAACAGCAGAGUGCUGGCACAGAAUUCAUUAAUGGCACCCAGUUCAGUAAUGCCAACAUAUGGCAGUCAGCCGACUCACAAUAAAAUGAGCAGCCAUCCCCACUCACAUCAACCUCCUCCUAAUCACCCAUCAGUCAAUGGUCGUACCAUGACACACAACUCUGGCAUUAACCGCUUAUCUACAGUGAAAACUUCAGUACAAGUGCCUAUGCCUCAACCCAUUCAAAUGACAAGCAUGGGUUCUUAUCCAGUAAAUAGCUGUAAUGGCUACGGAAGAGUUGGCAUUGUGUCCAUUCACCAAGAGAUCCUUCCCAGUGACUUGGAUGACAUGUUUAUUGAAAGCUUGGACUGUGAUAUGGAGUCGAUUAUUCGGAAUGACCUCAUGGAAGACGGAGAAGCAGAUUUUAACUUUGAUAGCAUAUUACCUAACCAAAGUUUUCCUCACAGUGUAACAACAACCACACACAGCUGGGUAUCUGGGUAAAUGGUAAGUGUUCACAAAGACCCUAAAGAGAAGAGAGGAAGAAAUGGCCAAAGAAGUCCUGUUCCCUUCUCCAGUCACUUUUUAAAAGAACUGUAUAUAUUUUUUGUUCCGAAUUUGACAGAGAAAUGGAAUUUUCUUAACGGAUCUUUGACCAGAACACGCAGGUUUCGUGCUGCUCUUGGACCUCUUAUCACUAUAAAGUGCCAAACUGACUAGAACAUGUAAUGAAUACAUGGCCGCCACCAUAUUCUGCUGUGUGGGUGCGUGGGCAGCAGAGAAUCUAAGGGAUGAAUGCGCGGCGCUUCAUCGUGCUCCAGGUGCUUGCAUUGGGUUUGCCGUUCAACAAAAGGGUUUCAAGUAAAAUCUGCAGAGCAAGAUACAUUUCUGAUGCUUCAUAAAUACACCCGAAAAUAACAUUCUAUCUGCCACAAAGUGGCAGUUCAGCUUUCAAGAACUACAUUAUCUCCCACAAAUGUAUUAAUGCUACCCGCUGCUUUCCUAAUCACUGAAUCCUUAUUAUUUAGCCACAAGAUUGAUGUUUUAUUAGCUCGGUAAUUAUUUCCCAGCUGAGAAUGCAUACAAACAUGGUGAGCAUUUCCCAUGCGUUCUAUUGCAUUCAGUAUGGAGCAGUUGGAAUACUCAAGUUUUGAUCCACAGCAAGUCUUUUAAAUCAUGAUUUUAGGAUUUCUUACUGAAUCAUCAUAAAGGAUUUCACAUAUUGUGUUGCUUUUCUGUAGAUCCAGUAAGAAGAGUGUCAGACGCAGAUGUUUGAGUGAUACCUUUCAGUGCCAAGCAUACCCUCAGUGCUCAAAAUGAUUUACAUAGAAAUCAAAUGCAAAGAAAGAAAAAUAGAUGUAAAAAAUGGCAUAUACUUUUUAUUAUAUGUAUAAUGUUUUUAAGCCAUUUCUUGUUGAUCUGUUUGAUGUGGUAUCCUCUAUCAUGAUUACAAAUUUAAUCUCAUAAACUUGUAUCUGCACUGUACCAUAUUUCCUUUUUAUGUAAUACAGGUAUAGGAUCGGUUAUCCAGACAUCAUGUGACCCUGGUAUUCUGGAGAUGGGGUCAUGUAGAGCUAUAUUAGUUACAGUCAAGCACAAGGUACUGUCUUAUUACAGAAAAAAAAAACAAAUUGGGCAAAAAGGAAGAGUUGUUUAAGUAGGACUCUAUAGGGAAAUGACUGCCAUAUUGUGGAGCUUUCUGGAUAAUGGGUAUUCCCAGUAAUAUAUCCCACUCCUCUAUAUAGAAGUUUGGUCCUGGAUUUGGGUGCUUUUUUAAGAUUAAAUAAAAAAAAUGAUGGGUUAAAAAUGGAGAAAACUAUGUAAAUAAUCAAAUGUUUCUUCAUUUUGCAAUAAAAGGGGUGUUUACCUUUAUCUAUUUGAUCUCCAUUUUUAUAAGUUAAGCGUACCCAAGAUAUCUACCUCUACAGCCGCUCUCUGGUCCUGCACUUUCCCUGAUUCCAUGCUCCUCUGUGUUUCUGAGCGCUACUGCGUUUGCCCUACCAGUCUGGUUAAUUGGCAUGGCAUUGAUCCAAGUGGCUGAAUCAUACCAGGCAACUGUAUUGAAGAUUUACGGGGUAACCUGACUGGUAAUUGUGUGGUGUCACAAGCUGGGGGUCAGGCAAACUCCCCGCUCAGGGGCUGUCGGGGAAAGUGCAGCAAAGAGCAGCUACAGAGAGAGAUCGUAUAAUCACUUCACAUUUUAAAACAAAGAUUGAUAUAGAAAAACGUUUGCAGUGAUGCUCGCUUUUAAUAUUUGGACAUAUGUCCAAAGAUAGACAUCCCUUUUUAAUUUUCUUUUCUUUUUGACAUAUGCAUCUGCAUAUAGCUUCUAUACAGUUAUCCACAGAUACCGUAAAGUGUUUAAAAUGCUUUAUUAGCCUGUAUAACGCUUGCCCCUCCCCCCGCGGCACAGGGGAUCCCAAGUGCUUUGUAUACUUGUUAUUUCCAGAUUUUCUAACAGUUGGAAGUGAAUGUUGUAUUUAUUUUCUGGUGGUCCCACAGUUUAUUACAGAUGCUGGUCUCAAACUCCAGUUUACAUUUCAAUAUCGUAUUUAUCUACCAUUUCAUUUGUAUUUAAAUGACAUGUCGCAUCUGCAUUCCUGGCUUAAAGCUCAAACUGGAAUGGCCUUUUAAAUGAUAGUACUUGUCAUCUGCUUACAUUGGCUUUUCAUUGUCGGAUGAUAAAUUGGCUGAGAUUGCUGUUCGGAUUGUUAUUUUCUGCUUUUUGCUUUACUGUUUUUGAAGUAUAAGUUUGUUUUGUUAUUCAACAAAAAAAAAUCUGCGAAAGCGUUCAUUUGCCCAUUAUUUAAAAACAGAAUUGGAAACCAUUGCCGGGCAACCAUGGUAAAUACAUUAUUCAAUGAAUUAGACACAGGCCUGUGUCCCGUGCGUUAGACUUGCAGCACAGUAGGAUAUUGUGAGACAAACUUGGCAUGUUCUCAGCUUUUCUACUAGGUUACUGAAAUAAUUGUGCUUCAUGGGCCAAUGACAAAGGCAUUUCAUACAACUAGAAGUUAUAAGUGCAGCCAUUUUGUUGUUCAGACAUUAUUAUAUUUUACAAGUGCUCUUACUGACAGGGAACCUGAAUGGUAUUAAUGGUUAGCCCUACAGUGGCAAGGCUACACGUCUCUGCUCCUUUCAUGUACAAGUCAGUCGCAAUUGUCUCUUUACAACUUUAUUUCCCCAGUUUAUUAAAAUGUCUUGAGUUUUCAGCCUCAUUGAAAAUAAAUGGGACAAUGUGAUUUUUCCUUGAAAAAAAUGCGACUGCGAACGUUGUCAUGUUUUUUCUCUAAGGUAGUGCUUGAGGAAAAAACGGAUUUCUUUGUCCUGAAAAAUUAGUUAUUAUGCCUCCCCAAGUCCCACAGAGUAUGUAAAAUGGCUCUACCUAUGGCACAGCAGUAUUUUAAAGAUACCUACCAUCCCCCCCACUGGGAGCACCAUUCAUUGUUCCAAGCUAAAAAAACAGGGCUCAUCCUCUGUAGAGUUGAUGAAAUUGUGUCAGGACUUGCAUUAAUACCAUGGCUAUAUACUGGCCCUGUAGGUGCUGUAUUGUCUCCACAGUAGUUCUGCUCAUUUCUGUCUGAAAACACCUCUCGCUUUAUUAGCAGUUCUGCUCGGAAGUGAUUCAUUGGAUCCAUUUCUUUUUGCUCAGUAGGAUUUCUUCUGCCAGUAUGUAACAAACUCCGAUUCUGACAAAUGCUUUAUGUCCUGUUCAUCAUGUUCCUUUAAUAUAUUUCAAAGAUUUGUUCUCCCUUGUACGGUUCCAGUAGGACCGCCACCGAGUUUCUCUUGGUUCAUUCACAAUAGAGAUCUCCCACAUACAGCAACGUGUCCAGUAUAUGUUGACAAUUAUUGUAAAGGUUUUUGCAUUUUUAUUGCAUUGUGCAGAUAAUUAUUUCUAUGCAGCUUUUUGCCCCUCAAUCUAUAGCUUUUUUUUAUUGUGUUCUAGAACAUUGAGAUCAUUUUAAGUGAAAAUGUAUUGUUUUGAUACUGUAUAAAUUGUUUAUAUAGGCAUAUGUACAUGCAGUUAUUGUUCUGCUUCAGUAAGCUGUACAGCUGUAAUAUCUUUUAUUUAAUAGAAUCUACCUACAAGAAUCUUCUUCUUGACAUGGCAAAAUAACAUGGCUUGUCUCAAGUUCAUGGCAGCUUGUGGCCAAAUAAGCUUGAAUUGUACUAUGAACACGGAGUUGGUAUAAAUGGGCGCCGUAUGAGCAGGCCAUGUACCUGCCUAAGAAGUAGGUAUUCUGCGCUUAAAGCACAAGUUCUAUGGACUUCAGAGAUGCAGAUUUACAACAGAUCUAGCAAUGACAAGUUGGUGGCACUGGUAGUUUCUCAAGACAAGAUCUUGCUUAUCGGCUUAAAGAUGAAUUCUAUCUUCUGGUAACGGAGGGCAAGCUAAGGAUCGGACCAAUGUUGCGAUUGUAAAUAAUGUGUUUGCACUUGUUAAACCACUGGAAAUGGUAUCAGUAUUUUGUUUUUUCCCCACUGAUAUCAUAUUUUCGUUAUGGCAAAUUGAUAAAUUCCUUAAUUUAUGACUGAUUUUUAAUUAAUCUUGUAUUCUGUCUUAAUUAGAAGCUAUAAAGUGGGUCAUGCAAGCACAGGAAAUAAGUCAUUCCUGCUCGUUUAACCAGCAUUCACUCUCAACCACCAACACAAUAAACCAGCAAUACUGCUUCUUGGGCGCAUGUAAAAUAACUUGCUUUCUUUGUGAGUGCUGUCGCCGCAAUGUAAUGUUUCUGUACUAACAAAUCAUUCAGUAUCUGCUGACAAGUGCCUGAUGUACUUACAGACACAAGAACAAUCUGUUGUAUGAAGCCAUAAAUGUAUAUAAAUUAUGCUACCAAUCA